AUGCCAUGGACUGGCGAUAGGCUGGUGUUGGCGGUGUACAAGGUUCGUGGGCUGAACAAGAUCAAGGCUGCUGAUGAGGACGUUGCGUUGGACUUGGGGUUUCCUUUGCCGACAAAUGAUGUGGGGAGUCCAAGAAUGUGCAAGCUCCUUGGUCAAGAAGGUGAACAACCUGGUCCGGAACCACAGGAGGAAGUCGAGGUUGAGCUGGAGCCAGUUGAGGAUUUUAUGUACACCCGCAUGUCUGAGGAGGAAUGGAGGACCACGAUUGAGCGGUACGGCGCGGAUCAUUAUGUUGCAGAGAUGGCUACGAGAUGGCGUCGUAUCGAGCCGGAGGAGGGCAAUUUGAAAUCAGUGAUUCCAGCCGCCAUUGCAGCGGACAUCGACAGGGAUUGGGUCAAUGCUCCAAGGAUUUUCCUUAUGUCUGAGGAGGGCGAGGAACUCCAUGUGGGACGUAUGCUGGGAACAAGAACUACACGGAUCCAGGACUAUGACCCAGAAAGGCUAAAUUCGAGUUUUCUCAAGGCGUGCAAGAUCUACAAUAUGGUCACCAAUGAAGAAGAGAUGAUCGUAUUUUGGAUUCGCAGACGGGUGGUGGUUCAUCAAGUCCCGCCUGCAGAUCAGCGCCACGCAUGGAGAGGUCAAGAGGAACAAGGACCACCUGAUCGUGAUCACAGGGGUAGGGUACCUCGCUUGGCUGUAAUGUCGGUCGAUGGCUCGGGAGGAUUGUUGCAGUUCGUUGAAGUUGAUGAGGAGGAGCUGGGCAAUGACGAAGCUCGGAUGAUGAAGGCUACUCCAGAGACUCUGUAUACUCCGAACAUUGAAGAACUGUUGGCUUCCGUCUCUGCCGAAAACCCGCUGAAGGUCACCCACACUGUUGAUCCUCGUGAAGUACUACCUGUUGUGGAAAGAUGGAUCCCAGCAAUGAAGGCUGAACUAGAUGCCCUCGAAAAAAUGGCUGCGAUAAAGAGAUGCACUGGGAAAGAGGCGGAAGGGCUCCGCAAAGACCCAAACGUGAUCGUGGUGCCAAGCAAGCUGGUGUUUACAAUCAAGCCCGGCCUGGAACCGGGACAAGUUCGCCGCAAAGUCAGAGGGGUUGCGUGCGGAAAUUUCUCUGGGGAGACAGCCGAGGAGCUUGGUGAUGUAUAUUCAGCUGGGGCCACAAUUGAUCUGGUGAGACUUUGUUUGGCAGAAGUCAACGCGAACCCAGGCUGGAUCGCAGCGACGGACGAUGUGAAAACAGCUUUCCUACGUGCCCCGAUCCCAGAGUUGCCGAAUGGGGGUAUGCUAUGGAGGUCUGGAUGGAUGAGGAUCGUUCCAUGCGUGACGGACGAGAAUCUCCAUAAGCUGAUUGAGGUCGAUGACACGGGCCAAGAAAGGAUUGUCGGCUACAUUUUGUUUUACGUCGAUGAUACCCUUGCAGUUGGACCCCCGGACUACGUUCACAGUUUCUACGACUGGCUGGAGGCUACUUGGGAAACUGUCGUUCGCUUUCUCGGCUUGGAGCUUUCUCUUCAAGAAGAUGGAAGAAUGAGGAUUGCCCAACGGGGUUACAUAGAUGAGCUCUUGAGGAAGCGAGAAGUGACCGGAUUUAGCAAGGUACCGUUUCUCAAGGAGUGGGCUACGGAUGAAGUUCCAGCAGAUCCAGAUUGCAGUCCUGCGUUGAUCAAGGAGGCUCAGCAGAGGUGCGGUGAAAUCCCUCUGGACGACCCAGAGAUCGCGAAGAAAAUCCUUGCCUACUACAACAGCACGAAGGAUGCCGCGUUUAUCAUCGAGAAGGAGCAGUCGUCCAAGCUGGUGAUGUUCAGCGACGCCUCACACUCUCCGGCCGGGGCAAAGUCCAUUUCAGGAACCUUGGUGAUGUGGAAGGGACUACCCAUAUGCUGGCGAGCGGCGAAUCAAGGACUGACGGCGUUGAGUAGUGCCGAAGCCGAGCUUAUUGCUUUGAGUGAAGGUGCGCAACUACUCCGUUCCGUGAAGACGACCCUUGAGGACAUGGGCAUCAGGCCAGAGACUUCAGAGCUUCGGGUCGAUGCAACAGCAGCGAUUGCUGUGGCGAGCUCUGGUGGGAGCUGGCGGACAAGGCAUCUACGACUACGGGAGAACUGGCUGGUUGAGCUGGUUAACUCGAAUGAGUAUGUCCUUAUGCACCAGCCGGGAGUCGAGCAGUUGGCGGAUGGGUUAACAAAGCAGUUGGCUUCGGAUCGUGCCUGGAAACUACUGCAGGCGUGGAGCUCCUACAAGGGUAGCACUCAGCCUGAAGUCAAGAAGGUGAUGAUCGCAAAGGUCGAUGGUGAGUGGGAAUCCGCAGCAGCCUCCGCAGCAGCGCAAGCCACCAUACCCUGCACAACAGCCAUAAGCAACCAGCAUGAAGGGACCCUGAGUAGGUGUACCAAGGUUCUAGUGGGGUUGGGUUUGGUUGCUGGAGCUUGUGGAAGUGAUACUGGGAACCAUGAGGUGUACACUGGUGUGGAUUCAGAGCAUGAGCUUUGGGUUGCAGUGUUGUUGGUGAUGGUGACCACUAUAUUCUUCUGGGAGUGGAGCAAGCGGGCUGCUGGGGGUGUCAAGAAGGCAGUUAAGCUGAAGAUGUUUUCGUCGACUUCUACACCGAGGUUGUCCAAGGCCGAAGGGAAGGAGCUGUUGAUGUUGUUGGGCUUAGAUGAGCGAUCAAUAGAGCAGGAGGCGAGGCUGAAUGCUUUGAUAG